UCACAAACAAUACCUUAACCGACAAGAAAAACCUGCUUGAACCAACUGCAACUAGCAAGCAAGCAAACAUGGGCGGCGGCGGCGGCGAAGAUACGCCUCUCGGUUUCACCCCCGCGGAAGAAUCCUCGGUGGAACAAAAUUCUUUGCAAUCAUCAUCUCCUCCGGGGUCCUACUCUUUUCAAAGAUUUCAAGAGAAAAAUGAGGGUGGAACCAUGGAUGGAGAGUGUGGGUCGGUGUAUGAAGGAUCUAGAAUUCCUUCAAGUUUUUUGGAAUUUCAAGCCAACCAAAAGAAGGCGAGUACUGCAAUCAGGGAAGUCUUGCAGAGUUAUGAUCAGUUGAAGGAUAGAAGCAAGAGCUUGGAGGAAGGAAAGAGAAAAAUCUUGAGUUAUACUCCUGGAGGAUGGAUGGAGAAUGUGAUUGGCAUGAAAUUGAGUGACUUUGAUGUGCCAAACACAACAGUCCUCCUCGUAAUCGGUCCAAAGGGAUCUGGGAAAAGCAGCCUUAUAAAUAGAAUUUCUAAGGUGUUUGAAGAUAACAAGUUUGCAUCUGAAAGAGCUCAAGUAUCAUAUAACUCAUCUGCUGCAGAUGGAACCUACUUCCUUCAGGAAUAUAUGAUCCCAAGAAGUUCAACUUCUUUCUGUCUUUAUGAUACCCGUGGUUUGUCCUAUGACUCAUAUGAUAGCGCUAACAUGCUCAAGAAUUGGAUCACAAAAGGUGUUCAUCAUCGGGAGCUCAUUAUUAGGCCAUCAGAUAAUUCACAUUUGAGGAACCAAAUGAAGUGCAAAGCUCGUGGGAAUGGUUGUCAGUCCACGGAAACCAGGAUGGUUACCUUUGUCAUAUUUGUUGUUGAUGGGCUUGCAGUUCUGAAAUCCAUGGAUAAUCUUGUAGACGAAGGGAAAAAGUAUACACAGAUGAUUGCUAAAACUUUUGACUGCCCAUAUAUAUCGUUUAAUGAUGAUAAACCUGUGGUUGUUGUUACGCAUGGUGAUUUACUUUCACUCUAUGAUCGUGCCCGAGUGCGUGUUCAUUUGGGGGAGCUGCUAGGUAUUGCCCCUGCGAAACAAAUUUUUGACAUUCCAGAAAGCCAUGAUCCAGUAACUGAAUUGACAAUAGUUAACAUGCUGCAUUAUUCCCUGGAGCAUGCUGAUAAAAAUCUUCCUCACAAACGCCAGAUAGCUAAAAAGGUUCGUAGUUUAAGCCUCUCUUUGUAUAUAUCUCUCUUCUUCAUUCUUGCAAUUGCCAUCAUAUCAAUCUACAUACCGCCCUUGCUUAUUCAACACCCCCCUAUACCAAAAGCUCAUGCUGAUCUCCCUCAAUCAGACGCUCUGGUAGAUCCCCUCUUGUCAGAAGCUCCUGUUAACGUGGAUCCCCGUAACUCAGAAGCUCUUUUAGAUCCCCUCAAAUCAAACGUUCAAGUGGAUCCCCCUAAAUCAGAAGCUCUUGCAGAAUCCCCCAGAUCAAAAGUUCAUGCCGAUCCCCCUAUGUCAGAAGUUCCUGUUAAUGUGGAUCCCCCUAAAUCAGAAGCUCUUCGUUUAGAUACCCCCAAAUCAAAAGCUCGUGUGAAGCCCCCUAAAUCAAAAGCUCGCGUGGACCCCCCUAAAUCAAAAAGUCUUGCCAAUUCCCAUCAAUCAGACGAUCAAAUUGUAGAUUGGCCUUCUGUCAGGCACUUGUGGUUAGACGAGAAUUAAAUGUUGGCUGCUGCUCUGCUUGUUUGAUGUGUAUUGGUCAUACUUUGGGGACUUCUUUGUACAUAUAUAAGCGGUUUUGCAGACUAAGAAAGAAGCAAGCCAGCUUCGAAUUGGAUAACUUGUGUCACAGUGAGUUUUUGUUGUAUUUGUGUAAAUUAUAUCAGAAUUGAUGAUUAAGGGGUCGCAGCCCUAGCUCAUUGAAAUGUUGUUCUCGUAUUUCAGGAAGGCAUUUCUAAUUUUCAUUUUGCA